AGCAUUCGUGUAGUAAACAAGGUAAUAAAAAUGAAAUUACUGCUUUAGGAAUACGGAGUAAUGCAUUUUUCAAAACGCUUUCUUAGAGUUACAUUGUUUCUUAUAUUAAAAACAUUAGUAAAAUGUACAUUUCGAGAAGAAAUAACAAAUAACAAUUCUUCAGAAUAUAAUGUGUUUAGGGACAAUGUGGCCGAUCCAUUUAUUAAUCCAGAUGCUGAAUCGCUUGUUAAAAUCGUAAUUAAUAAUAAAAUAGAAGAGCUGAAACCCUUUCUCCAAGAUAAUGAUGUUAUAACUAUGGAGACAGAAAAUAAUCUGACACUUGAAGGAAAAGAUGAGACCACUAUAAUAGAAUUUAUACCCAAAAAGGAACACAUCAAUAAAAAAGGACUAAGAGAAAAAAGCAAACCUCUUAAAGAUAAUGUAAACAAAUAUAAAAAAGUCAGAGACAAAAUUCAGAGAGCUUUAGAUAGAGAAGCUAUUUCUGAUAAAACACAGCUUCUUGUGAUGAAGACAUUAGAUCAGCUCAUAGCAAAAUUAAUUGGCAGUCAGUGCAGUUGGAAGAGCGGAUAUGAAAAUGAUACUAAAAGCACGAUCUUACGUACAUCACACGUUAUCAAUCAAAUGUGGUUCCGACAGUGGAAAAAUCUAAGAGAAAAUUACGUAAAUAAAUUUAAACCUACCACUAAUCCGCAACAGUUUGAAGAAACAAUAUCUUUUCUAGAUAAAUUACAAACCUUUUUCUCAUUAAUAACCAAAGAUGUAGAUUCGUUAGCAGAUCAAUAUAACAUUAAAUGCGUGUAUGUGGACAAACCAACAUACAGAAAACAUCAGAAUUUAGUUUACGACUCAGAAACAGAUUUAAACAGACAUAACUGUCAACAAUUCGCAAUAUGUUCUAAUGAACUAAAAAGUUUUAUGUUUGAAUUUUAUAAUUUUCUAAAUGAAACAGUUGUUAGUGUUGUUAGAAAUUAUGCAGAAAUGUAUUUAAGAGAUACAGAUAAUGAUUUAGAAAAGCAAUCUAUAGUUAAUGCUAUAAAUGGGAGCUGUGGUAUCGUAGGAAAGAAUAUAAUAGACAUAUUUGUGAAGCAAACACAAUCCGUUCAGUUAGAUGAGAAUAAAAUGAAAGAAGCAAAUAUAAAGGCAUUAUCUAAAUAUGUUAAAUCUACAAUAGCAGAGGUCAGAAAUAACGUAAAAACAACUAUAAAUAAUGAAUUGAAGACAGUUAGUGAAAGAAAAGCAACUCCUAUAGAAGCUGAUAUUAAUGUUAACUUAAAGGUUGAUUUGGAUAAUUUGGAAAGAGAUGUUUUGGGAAGGAUUUGCCUUAUAUUCAGAUUCUGCAAUGGAAAAUAUAGAGGAAGGCGAAGCGGAUACCUUAUUGAUAUAAAUAAAGAAAACGACAUUUAUGUGAAAGUGCAGUUAAAACUAGAUGAUGAAAUCAAAAACUCUUUGAAAUUAAGAAAUUCAAGACGCAUAAACCAUAAAAAUAAUUUAAGAGAAAUUAUAAGCACACGCAAGAAGUUUGAUAAAAACUAUACAAUUUUCAACGUUACUAGGACGACGCCAUUUUUUGAUAGCAUUAUAAUAAAAGACGAUUAGAGUAUUG